UUCUAAUUGAAAUGAAUUUUUCUGUGCACCAUGAACGUAAUUUGAAACAUUUGAAAUAUUUGUAACUUUUGAGUAAUUAACCGCAUGAAGUAGUUCUUUAGCCUAUUUUUGGAUAACUGUUCCCGCCAGCAUUCAAAUUUCAAAAAUGGAUUCUAAAAUGCCUGUCAUAGACGGAAUAGGAAAACUAAUGAUAACAGAAAAACCUAAAGAAUUACCAGAAAGGGAGAAAUGGAGUAAGAAGAUAGAUUUUCUGCUAUCCGUUAUUGGAUUCGCUGUUGACUUAGGAAAUGUUUGGAGGUUUCCAUAUAUUUGUUACAAAAACGGCGGCGGUGCUUUCUUGAUACCAUAUUUUAUAAUGUUAGUAUUUGGAGGAUUGCCGCUGUUCUAUAUGGAACUUGCAUUAGGACAGUUCCAGAGAUGUGGAUGUUUGACGGUCUGGAAGAGAAUAUGUCCCGCUUUAAAGGGAAUUGGAUUAGCAAUAGUUGUAAUUGCAACCUAUGUUUCGUGGUAUUACAACACUAUAAUUGCAUGGGCAGUUUUCUACUUUUUCUCAGCAAUGGCAUCUGAUGUGCCAUGGAAAUCUUGUAAUAAUUCGUGGAAUAGUAUCGACAAAUGUGUGGUAUAUGAAGGACGUAGUGCAGUUCAAAAUACUAUUGACUCAAAACAUUUGCUAAACAUCAGUUUAAAAAACAAUGCGAAUAAUUCUGUUACAUUGAAUCCAUUAAAUCUGACUAUUGCAAACGGUACCAAUUUCACUAUAGACACAAAGACGGCAACAGAAGAAUUCUUUGAAUAUCAAGUACUUGGGUUGAAUUAUGCUGAUGCCCUUGACGAUGUAGGAGGUGUUAACUGGAUAUUAGCUUUAUGUCUGUUUGGAGUUUUUAUUAUAGUUUACUUUGCAAUGUGGAGAGGGGUCAAAAGUUCUGGAAAGGCAGUGUGGAUAACAGCAACCAUGCCAUAUGCAGUACUGAUUAUUUUGUUAGUGAGAGGUUGUAUGUUGUCAGGAUCGUGGAAAGGCAUUAUGUAUUAUCUUACUCCAAAAUGGAAUAAACUGCUUGAAACUGAAAUAUGGAUUGCUGCGGCAGCUCAAAUUUUCUUUUCGUUAGGUCCAGGUUUUGGAGUCCUUUUAGCGUUAUCAAGUUACAACAAGUUAGACAAUAACUGUUACAGAGAUGCAUUACUGACCAGUACUAUUAAUUGUAUUACAAGUUUCCUGGCAGGGUUUGUUGUAUUUUCGGUACUUGGUCAUAUGUCACAUAUGUCUGGGAAAACAGUGGAUAACGUGGCACGAGAUGAUGUAGGAUUGAUAUUUAUUGUUUAUCCAGAGGCUCUGUCAUCAUUAGAGUUAUCCUCCUUCUGGGCAAUCUUAUUCUUUUUUAUGCUGAUAACACUUGGGUUAGAUACAACAUUUGGAGGAUUAGAAGCCAUAACUACAGGUAUACUAGAUGAGUGGCCACAUUUACGGAAACAUAGAAAACUGUUCGUUCUUGGUCUUAUGUGUUAUUGCUUUUUAGGUUCUCUUCCUACCAUUACAUAUGGUGGAAUAUAUGUCGUCCAGUUGUUGGAUUCGUUUGGAGCUCCGAUAUCAAUUAUAUUUGUUGUUUUCCUUGAAUCGGUUGCUGUCUCAUGGAUUUAUGGUGUUGAAAGAUUUAGUAAUGACAUUCAGUCCAUGUUAGGAUUUAGACCAGGGAUAUUUUGGAGAAUAUGUUGGACGACCAUCAGUCCGUUGUUUUUAUUUACACUUUUUAUCUUGUCCUUAGCUCAGCCUAUGCCACCCCAGUAUGGGACGUAUGAUUUUCCAACCUGGUCUCACACGUUGGGAUGGUUUAUCGUUUCAUCUUCACUAUUGUGUAUACCAGGUUACGCAAUUUAUUUGUUCUUCGUUACUCCAGGAAGUACUGCAGAGGUAUGUUUUAUAGCAUCUUGA